AUGGAUCAUGAGGUCUUGGAGCAUAUAAUUGAUGGAAGACAGAAGCCCACAGAUCUACCAUUUGCACUUUUGAAGGAUAUCACAGAAAACUUUUCUGACGAUAGAGAAAUUGGCCAUGGUGGAUUCGCAACAGUUUAUCGGGGUGUGCUCCGAAACGGGAAAACCGUUGCUGUAAAAAGGAUAAUGAGCAACCAUUCAAUCAAUGAGACGUUAUUUCGCCGUGAAGUUGACACCCUAUUGAACAUUGAACAUGAAAAUGUGGUACGGUUUCUUGGCUUUUGUGCUAGCACAAAGCAGAUAGCCAUAAAAAUUCAAGGAUUGAAAGAGCAUAUUUACGCCGAGGUGAGAGAAAGAUUGCUAUGUUUUGAGUAUGUCAACAAUGGAAGCCUGCAAAAAUAUAUUACUGAUGAAUUACGGGGACUUGAAUGGAACACACGUUUUGAAAUAAUUAGAGGCAUUUGUGAAGGUUUGUAUCAUCUGCACAAUGAUAAGCAAAUAUAUCAUAUGGAUAUGAAACCUGACAAUAUACUACUAGACAAUGAUAUGAUGCCGAAAAUCACGGAUUUCGGUUUAUCGAGACUUGAUGAGAAGUCACAAACUAUGAGUGAAGAGCGUCUUGGAUCACUAGGAUACUGUGAUCCUGAAUACCGAGGCCAUGGAAGGAUGUCAUUCAAAUCAGACAUGUACAGUUUAGGCGUUAUAAUUAUCGAGCUAGUAACAGGACAAAAGGCGCUCCCCAAUAAGAAUAACAAUGCACUUAGGAGAUGGGGGCAUAGAUGGAAGAAAACAGGGAAGGAAACACAGUUGGCUUACCAACAAGUAGCAAAAUGCGUCGAAAUUGGGUUACUAUGCCAGGAAAUUGACCCAUCCAAACGGCCUUAUAUAUGGCAAAUGAUACAUGAUAUAAGAGAAAUUGAUGGUCCUAAUGAAAAAACCAGCAAUGCAUAUGAACAGAUAAGCCCUUACAAGGAAUAUGAUAUGCUUGGAAUUGAGCCACUUGAACUACAUUUUCCAUUUGAGCUUAACAAACUGAUGUCUUGUACACUUUUGCUAACCAAUGAGACAGACUCUUACAUUGCCUUCAACAUUGAAAAUACGAGCCCCCUUUCAUACUGCACACAGCCACAGAAAGCCAUUGUGCCGCCACAAUCAAAGUGUAAUGUCCACAUAACAUUGCAGCUGCAGGGCAAGUCACCAGGAUAUAUGCAUCGUGCCAAUGAAUUUAUUGUAUGGAGCACCAAAGUGAAAGAUUGCCUUGCAGUUGAGGAUAUAACUAGAAACAUGUUCAUUAAUGAGGCGGUCAACGUGGUUGAUGAGGUGAAUUUGGAUGUUGAUUUUGACGCCAGUGAGCUACAAGAAGCAAGUAAGAAAUUCAGUGAGGUGAGUUGUCUAAGAAUACUAACUUGCAAAGCUGUGUCUAUCCAAUUAGUAUCCACUGGAAAUGAUCUUUUAUUGUAG